UCUCACACCACCAUGGUUUUCGCCAACCUUGGAACUCACGAGAAAUCUGCCUUGUUCUCUUUGCUCGACGAAUACUUCGCAUCGCGUCCAGAGAUCUUUGGCAACUCACAACACGAAUCCUCUGAGCCCGAGUCUAAUUCGCCUGUGAUAUCAGCUCCGACUCCGUCCUCUGUUGCUGCUGCUCAACGCGCGCUUGCUGCAAAUCUACGCGCGGCAACGAGUUCUAACUCACCGACACCACCAGUCUUACCGAGACGGACACCAUCUGAAUCAUCUCAAACACAAGCCCCUCCAAUUCCCUCAACUACUAAUAGCCUCAAGUCUGUCCGUAAAUUUGGGUCAGAUGUUGACACAACAUCGACCAAGAACAUGUACAACUCGAUAAGACAUGCUGGAAAGACGCCAGCGCCACCUCCACCAAUAGUCCCCGCCGCAUUCCCGCCUCCUAAAAAUAAAUGGGGACCGCCACCUGGAAGGUCAUCAGUGCCAACCCCACCCCAACCUGAACCAGAGCCAGAAGAAGAGGAAGAAGAAAUCGCACAGGGAGAAUGGGCCGAGGCUUUGUACGAUUAUGAUUCCACGGACCCAGGCGACCUCCAAAUCCGCGCGAAGCAGAAUGUGUGGGUUACAGAACGGACUUCAGAUGACUGGUGGACGGGUGAAUUCCAAGGGAAGACUGGCUUGUUCCCGGCGUCUUAUCAGUCUUUUGUGGAGUUGUUGCUUUGCCGCCCAGUGCCUCGGCGCUGUGAUUUUGGAGUAAUUCGCUUCACUCCUCUUCUCGUCUCCUCGACAUCUCCUUUUCUUUCCCUCCCUCCUUCCAUGACCACAAGUCGCUCUUUUACCACUCGCGCAAUCAUCUUUGGCUCCCUCACUGCCCUUGUCGUCGUUAGCCUCUUCCAGUUCAGAGAAGAGACCCGACGCGUUUUGGCCCAACUACCUUACUUUCCCUCCCACUACUCCACUGCUAGCCAGCCCCAGCACGAUGCCGAGGUCCUCGUCGCUCCCUUUGCGAGAAUUCCGGACUCCCUGUACCCUCCAGGGGUCGGGGACUGGCAGCAACGCCACUGGAUGGACCCAAGCGAGGCGGAUUGGGUCCGCGAAAGGCUCGUGGAGAAGCGUUUCAAAUCAACGCACACUAACAUUCAUGCAGUGAUACUGGUCCAAAACAUGUAUUUUCGCAACGCUUUGCGCGGAGAUGUUGGAGGGGAAGAGAUAUGGGCCACUUCCACAAUGGAGGCCAUGGCUAAUCUGGGUUACACUGUCUUGCACGCGGAAACAACGAAAGACCUCGUUAAGAUCUACCAAUACUUUCCUGACCUCGUCAAAAUUGUUAUCAUGAACGACUGGACGACAUUUGACUGCUGGAAAGAUAAACAGGGAUGCUUGAGGAGCGAACGGAACCCUUGGGGCAUUCCAGGGUACAAAAUCAUCUCCUUCUAUUUCUGGCCAUUUCCUCGACACCCACUUGGCCCCCGGUGGAUCAUAUCCCCGGAGCCUUUCGCAAUGCAUACCCGCGCCGAGAUUCAAUCCAACAACACUUACCUCGGAUACUCAAUCGAGAAAACCUGUCGCAGUACCAGGUUUAUGUUUAACAAGGAACGCCCGUCAAACCCACCGCAAGCCUGGGUCCUCGCUAAGCUAAUGAACUACUUCUCCGACCCGAAGAAGGACUUUGCGUGGUCGAAGGAGAUCAUGGACGCGGUCGCAGACCAAACGGGUGUGAAAUUCGGCAUGGCUGUUCGCUUUCCCGACGAUUCGUCUGACCAGGCCAUGUCGGAAGAGGACAAACAGCGCUCACCGCUAUUUCUUCCUGAACCGACACACUACGUCAACCACGUAAGGUUAAAACAGGAAGUGUUUAUGAAGGAACUGGCCCAGAGCAGGGUUCUCCUUGGCAUCGGCAACCCUCUAAUGCACGUUCUCCUACGCCAUGGAAUGCCUUGUGCUUAG